AUGAUGCCAAUGCCUCGUCUUCUCCAAUAUCUGAUACUAGCCGCCUGUCUGGUAUCGCAAUGCUCCUCUUGGACCUUUCCAUCUCCGGGCAGUAGGUCAUUGGCGAGAUGUCACCAUCCAAGAUUCAUUAGCCAAGUUCGAAGCGAAGGAAUCUCGCCUAUGGAGAAUACCAAUAUCCACCAUUGCGAACACCAUGGGGGUCGUCGCACACGGAGACUCGUCGGUGUGGCAGCCGUCCUGGUCGCUGCCAGUUGGCUGGUGGCACCCAAAGCGGCCGUGGCCAGCCUUGCCACUUCCACAACCACAAUGGCCGAAUCUUCUAUAGCGUUGGCCGAAUCUUCCGUGGCAACCACUUUUCUGUCGUUGCCAUCACCCGUGCCUCGUAUCGUGGAACUCCAAUUGACACUGCGACUGCUGGUGGCAUCACUGUUGGGUGCCGCCGUGGGUCAAGAGCGCAGCAUGACUCACAAACAUUCGGCCGGUGUCCGAACCAUGGCGUUGGUCGCGUUGGGUGCCUGUGCGUUUACCGUGUGCAGUCAAUUUGGGUUCAAUGCCGUGGGACGGUGCGAUCCGUCUCGCAUGGCGUCCAAUGUGGCCAGUGGUGUGGGAUUUGUGGGUGCGGGAGUCAUUACGACCAGUACGGGAACGAACCCCAGUGACAGUCGUCAAUCGAUUGUGCAUGGGUUGACCACCGCCACGGCCAUUUGGAUCUCGGCGGCCAUUGGUGUGGCAUGUGGUGUGGGAAUGUUUUACAUUGCCACAGCGGCGACUCUUUCCACUAUUACCAUUUUGAAGUUUGGCGGGUUCAAGAAAAAGUUCAAGAAACUCACGGAACAUGGUCAGCAAUCAAAAUCAACUUCCAACAGUGUCACUACUAAAACCGAAAAGCCACAAUCCAUUCGUGUUGUCAGUACAACACCAGAAGAAUUGCCCUUGGUGAAAUCAACAACGGCGUCUCUAGAGGCAAUGGACGAUGAAGAUGACGACGACGAUGACUGGGAUUAUCAUGUCGAGUCGGCAGACGAACAAGACGACGACGAAGAAGACGACGCAACAACCGAGGAAGAAGAAGAAAUCGACCGCAAGAGACCGGUCUUACCCAUGAAAGAAGAUCUUCCCGAGUUGGAUGAACUCAUUGAAGCAUACCAUCGAAGCGGACAAUCAGAGAUUUUAGAAAAAGCUCUUGCUGCGUCCACUGCGAGGAAUUUGACUGGGCUUGUGACUUCCUCGUCAUCGAAGGGGUCCAAACGCCACGACGAGGACAACUAUAAGGGAUCCACCAAGGACAAUCUGCAUCGUUUGGAACCACGACAACCAUUGUACGUGAGCAAGAGAGGAAACGAAACCUUUCGGCCUUAA